AUGCCAGUCAGAAAGAUAUUUGAAGAAACCGAAAAGAAGGAAAAUAACACUGCACAACAAACACAACAACGGGAGCAGCUGGGGCACGGGACAGAGAUUAUUGCGAACAAUAACAAUAUUAAGGCGCCUUCCCAAUCAGCACCCUUUUCUUCAAUGGGUAACAACAGCGAUAUAACAUCGUUUGAUCGUUUUGCUAUCAAUGAAAUUGGACAAGCAUUGUACAUAAACGAUAUCAAAGAACGAGACGAUAGAAUACCAGACUACCAUGAUUUACAAUUACAGCAACUUCAAAGUGAUGAAUUAUCGGAUAUUACUGCUGACUCACCUAUCUCCUCAACGGCCUCCUUUUAUGUCGUUGCAUCGCAACCGCAGUCCACUAGCACAUUAGUUCCAGAUCAUCUGAUUUGUAGCAGACGAUUCAUCCAUGAAGUGCAACCGUUAUUAGAGGUUUAUUUUGAUCACGUUCAUAAGUACUUGCCAAUGAUACAUAAACCCACAUUCUUAAAGCAACUACAUAGUAAUUAUUAUGGUUAUUCAUCUGUGUCGUCAGCCGUUUCAACAAAUCAUCUUCAGCCGCCUUCAAAAUUCCUUGUUUAUGCCAUGUGUGCUGUAGCUGCAAAAUGGGCACCCAAUCAUUUACUAGCAGAGGAAAAUAGUGAUCUUGUCGUAAGAAUGAGGAAAUUAACUGAAACGCUACCUCCGGGAUACAGCUUUUACCAGAAAGCGAUUGAUUUACUAGACGAAUUUAUGGAUAUACCUCGUACCUCGACUAUUCAAGGCAUUUUAUUGCUAGUUAAAUACCAGGAAUGUUUUCAAAGAACCGGUUAUUUUCAUCGCUCUCAUUUCUAUCUUGGAAUAGCUGUACAAAUGUGUCACGACCUUGGUCUAACACUUGUAGCAACUAGCUUAAAUUGCGAUGCCGAGAUCAAAAGACGAACUUUUUGGGUAGCGUUCAUGAUGGACCUGUUAAUGAGUAUUGAACUAGGCCAAGCACCUUACUUUAAUAUUCAACAAUGUACAACAGCGUUUCCUAUGGUCACUAAUGAGGAAGGGCCUGCCCUGGAAGAGCUGAUAGUAAAUCAGAAUAUCUUUAUCCAAUUAGGAAAGGUAUUGUCGGACAUCUACUGUACAUCACGGCGAUUGACGUUAAGACAGCAAAUUCAAGGCAAACAUAAAACCGAAGAGCAAAUGGUGGAGGAACAAGCCAAGCUCUUUUCUCUACAUACCCAUCUUGAAAACUUUCUUUAUGAAGUUCCACCUGACUACUAUCCUGUGGAGAAACAUCCUAUUCUUGAUCCGUAUAUUGGCUUUUUACACAUAACAUAUCAUUUAAGUGUCAUUCUGCUACAUCGUCUAUAUGUCUUGAACCCAUUAUCAGAGACCAAGUUUGAAUUCAUUGGCUACCCUCAUCAACAAUUAUGCGCAACCUCUGCUUCCAACAUCACUAGUAUUGUUCAAACGCUACUAGAAACGUAUCCAAGUUACAUAUUCAAUUAUCCGAUUCGUGGAGUACAGCAUGUUAUUCAUUGUUUAACUAUGGCCUUAAGUAUACAUAAAUAUGAAAUGAAUCAUGCUGAAAAUAACUCGAUGAAGAAUGCAGCU